CCAGCUCUGUAUACCCUAGUCUGUAGGUACCAACCAACAACUCAGUCGUCCGUCCUUCUGGGCGCAUCCCUGGAAAUUGGAGUACCAAGUAAUGGCCAUACAUACAUGCAUGUACCUAUCGAUUCGACGAGAAGUCAGCAAAGAUAUCAGCUAGCCAUAUAUAUGUUCGUCUGCGGCCCACCCGUUGCUGUCUGUUGGCGACAAUUCUUUGGUAUGCCUUCAAUUCCUGCCAUGCUUAUCUUCAAUCUGCCAUAUAUAGGGUUCAUAAGGUUUCACAGAUAGAGAUACAAGUAAUUGCCAUUACAGAUAGAUGCGCGCAAAUCACGCGUUCAGACUAGUCUUAAGAAAAUCAUUUUGCCUAGUCCUACAUGUAGCUAUCAAGGCAAGAGUCAAGAAAAUUAUUCACAGAUAAAGCUACCAUUUGGAGAAGUCCGCCCAGCCAUACAUCUAGGACCCCUUGUUGUGGGCCAAUAAUCUUGCUUAUCUUGAAGCAAUCUGAAACCAAGGGAGCUGCACUGCAUGUGUGUUUCGCCAAGUCAAGUCAAGCAAAAUAUCCUCUCAUCGCCUUACACAGCAGCCACUGCGAAAAUACCACUGAUCGGACUAGUGUUGACUAUUACCAGGCAAGGCGCGCAACAGCAGGUCCGCGUCCGAUCAAUAUCCAGGGGUGGUAACAGCACUGCCUAGGCAACUCGCUCCCAGCCAUUCUCUCAAGCUGGUUGGCUGCCUUAUCACCUCCCCAGCCGGCGCUCUUCACCUCCCCUGCUCUGCUAUCCACUCCCCGGCGGCCCCUCCUGCUCUUCGCCUUCGCCUCCUCCCUGGCAACGCACCACGGCGACGGCAGCUCCCGGAUCAGGGGCACUGUACCGCCGCCGCACAGCUGCAGCAUCCGUCACCGCCGGGAAGUACGGCAGCUGACAUCCACCAUCGGCGCGCCUGCGCGCCACACGUCGUCCAUCCCUCCAUCCGACCAAGGGAUGCCCUACGUGCCCCUCAGCGCGGCGCAAUGGGUGGUGGGCAAGGCGCUGGCCCCCGUUGCAGAUGGCGUGCUGGGGGCUUGGGCUGCCACCAGGAACUUUGGUCCUAACGUCGAGGCCCUCAGCACGGAACUGCUGCUCGUGAAGGCCACGCUCGAGCAGGCUGCCCACAAGGAGCUCGGAGGCCCCGCCAUGGAGAUGCUGCUGCAGAAGCUACGGGAUUUGGCGCACAAUGCCCAAGACUUGCUGGACGAGCUGGAUUACUUCUGCAUCCACGAUGAGCUGCACAACACAUAUGAUGCAGCAGAUCAGCAUGGCAAGGGUGGCGUCCAUGACCUCGCCCUCAAUGCUCGCCACACCGCCAAAGCUGUUGGCAAAAUGGUCAAUUGUUGCCCUUGGCAGCGUGCUAAACGCCGGGAGAGGUCACGUGCCGAUUCCUCCUCGUCACCCGACGCCAAUCAAGAGGUCAGCGGAUGCAUGCCCAAGUUCGGUAAACUCCUCCCUUGCUCAUCUUCCACAGAUCCACAUGUUCGGGAAGAAGAUUGUGGCAAUGUGCAAGAAAAACCAAAGCUUGAAUUUAAUAGGGUUGAUUUCUCUCAAAAGAUGAAGGUCAUAAUAGAUAAACUGCAGCCUGUGCGUAAGGAUGUUAAUGGCCUUCUACAGAGUUGUGACUCUAGAAUUGUCCCAAACAUUGCCCAAUGUCGUCUUAUCACCAAAGGUCGAAUUGAUGAGCCAAAACUUUAUGGGAGGAACCGUGUCAUGAAUGGCAUCAUACAUGACAUCACCAAGGGUCAAUACUGUGGCAAGGGUCUAACUGUCAUUCCGGUUGUUGGUCCGGGGGGAAUGGGGAAGACUACUCUUAUACAACACAUAUAUCACAGCCAACAAGUCAAGAAUCAUUUUCCAGUCAUGAUUUGGAUAUGUGUAUCGUUCAGUUUCAAUCUGGAUAAGGUGCUAGAGCAAAUUAAAACAUGUACCCCUCGAGUUGAAAGUGAAAAAGAGUGUAGUACAAAAGAAGAGGUGAUUGAACAAAGAUUGAAAUCUAAAAGGUUCUUACUUGUAUUAGAUGAUAUAUGGAAGAUUAGUAUUGGGGAUGACUGGGGCAAAUUAUUGUCGACGCUUAGUAAAUCACAAGAAAAGGGUUCCAUGAUUAUCGUCACAACUCGGUUUCAUGCGAUAGCACAGAAGGUUGAAACAAUUGGCCACUCAAACGGGUUAGAAUCUGAAGAGUUUAGAAAAUUAUUCCUUGCAUUUGUCUUUGGUGAUGAGGAAUGGCCAAGGGAUAAACAUUUUCUGCUUGAGACUGCAGAUAAGAUAAUGGAAAAACUAAAGGGCUCCCCUCUUGCUGCAAAAACGGUUGGUAGAUUACUAAGUAAAGACCUUAGUCUGCAUCAUUGGAAAAGGGUCCUAAAAUGUAAAGAAUGGGAGAAGCAGACUGAUGACAAUGAAAUUAUGCCUGCCUUGAAGCUUAGCUAUGACUUCCUCUCUUUCCAUCUGCAGCAAUGUUUUGCCUAUUCUGCAUUGUUUCCUGAAGAUUACCCUUUCCAGCAGGACGAGUUGAUUAGUUUGUGGAUUGGACUAGAUAUUUUGAUACCUAGUGGCCAAAACCAAGCAUUCGAAGACAUAGGUCUAAGCAAUUUAAAUGAGCUAGUAAUCCAUGGAUUUUUCAGAGAAGUGGAAGUUGAUGGUGCUUUUUUGUAUUUUAUGCAUGACCUACUUCAUGAUUUGGCAUUGAAGGUUGCAUCACAUGAUUGUCUUAGCUUACGCCUCCCUAAUGUUGGAUCAGUAGAGAUUCAGUCAACCAUCCGUCACUUGUCUAUAAGCACAUAUGCCUUAGGUGAAUAUGAUGUAGUGUCUGGUGAAAAAUUAAAAAGUGAAUUGGAAGAACUGAAGACAAGAUUUAAGGUUGAAUAUCUGCAAACGUUGACGUUAUUUGGAAAAUUGGAUGAAGGUUUUGUCAAGAUAUUUGGUGAUUUUUUGGGGGAAGCGAUCUCUCUCCGUGUUCUUCAUUUGCCCAACAUGCGUAGUCCCGUGGAGUCCCUGUUACAUAACUUUUCAGGACUUUUCCACCUACGAUACCUUUGUCUAGGAACAGAGGAGAGCCAGAUGCAUUUACCACUUAGCAUCUCUAAAUUUUAUCAUUUAAGGAUUCUAGAUCUUAAAUGGUGGAAUGGCAAUCAUGAUUUGCCCAAUGACAUGAGCAACCUUGCCAAGUUGUGCCAUUUUUAUGUCCCAUGUGAUCAUCUGCUUUAUUCUGAUAUUUGUAAUAUGGGAAAACUUAAACUCUUAGAAGAGUUAAACGUAUUUCAGGUCAAUAAAAAAAGUGAAGGGUUUGAACCAAAGCAACUACAACACUUGACCAGGCUAAGGGAGCUUGGUAUCUACAACCUUGAGAAGAUAGAUACAGUAGAAGAGGCAGCUGAAGCAAAAUUGAUGGAGAAAAAAUACUUGAGGAGGUUAACAUUGGAUUGGGAUAGUGGGCGAUCUAGUGUUGAGCCUAGUGUGGAAGCAGCAAUUCUUGAGAGCCUUCAACCUCAGGGAGAUCUUCAAUUCUUGUGCAUUAGAGGGCACGGAGGCCCAUCUUCUCCAACAUGGCUGGGUGAUGAGCUCGCUGUUGAAGCUUUGCAAUCUCUUUGGCUUCUUGGUGUUUCUUGGGACGUUUUCCCUUCUUUAAGGAAGGUGUGGGAUCUUCGCGUAUUAAGGUUUGACAAUAUUGCCAGACCGAAGGAGUUUAUCAUAGAGAAAAGCUUUUGCAUGCUAACAAAGCUUGAACUCAUUGACCUAGGAAGUUUUGAAAAAUGGGUUUACCCAGCUGAACAAGAGUCUUCCUUUGGUGGAGACUUGUUCCCACCGGAUGCUCAUAUGUUCCCUCUUUUGCAAGUUCUGAUUAUUAGGAACUGUCCAAAACUGUUGGGGUUGCCUUUCUCAAACUACAUUGUUUCCCCAGAUUGGCUCCCCAAGCUAGAAGAGCUUGAGGUACAUGACUGUCCUGAAUUCUUGCCAGUGAUUCCCAUCUCCUGGAUUGAAAGUCUGCGCUCUGUCACGAUGAAAUGUGUGAAGAUGCUUAAGGAGUUUGCAUACUUACCAUCCAAUGGAGCAAAAUUGAAAAUUAUUGGAGAGGGGGGGCUGCAUAGCAUAGACCAAGUGUUACUUUUCGAUACAGAAACAUGUUUUGAGGAGCUGAUACUCAAAAGCUGCCCACCUCUGCAGUUGAAGGAGCUUCUGAUGCUAACCUCACUGAAGACAUUGUAUUUAGGACAAUCAGAUGCUCUGUUUAGAUCACUAGGAGGUCAGGGUAGUGUGGAAUGGCAGCUCCCUAUUGAGUACAUCAUGAUCAGCGACUUAAAUGGUAAUAGUUGGGAGGAAUUGACAGAGCUCCUCCCCCACCUCCCAAAGCUCUCCUCAUUGAAAAUAUGGACGUGUAACAUUAAAAAGCUGGUAUUGGCAGAGGAAGUGGAAGAUGGAGUGCUGCUCUUCCCACCUCAUCUCCAGGAAUUGGAUUGCUGGAAAUGCCCAGAGCUGGUCCUAGUGGACCCGCCAACUCUUGUUCAUGGAGCAGGAUCCCUCCGGAGAUUAAGCAUAAAGUACUGCCCAAAGUUUCUAACCUCCUUCUUGUUUUCCAGUCACAUUUUCCCUUCCUCCCUGCAGUUCCUGGCUCUUUGGGAGGUGGAAGGCAUGGAAACACUGGAGCCCCUCUCCAACCUCUCCUCCCUUGUCAAAUUAGAAUUGAUUAAUUGUGGAGAGGAUCUGAAAGGUCAGGGCUUGCAGUCUCUGCUUACCACUGGGGGGCAGCUCAACGAAUUAGUUGUCCGUGGUAGCCCUGGUUUCUUUGCUGGUUGGGAUCCCUUGGAGGAUGUUGAAGCAGGAGAAGAGCAGCAGAUACAACGCGUUUCAUCCACACCAUGGAAACUUUGCACGGAUUACGUAGCGGGGCUCCUUUCUGCACCCAUCUGCAGCUUUCUCUCUUCCUCCCUCACCAAUCUGGAGCUUUGUGGGCUUAGGUUUGCUGAAGGGAUGGAGCGCUUCAGCAAGGAGCAAGAGGACGCCCUUCAGCUCCUCUCCUCCCUCCACCAACUAGAGUUUUGGGAUUUCCGUCACCUUCAGCAACUCCCUACAGGGCUGCGCAACCUUACCAGCCUCAAGAUAUUAUCAAUCCACCACUGUCCUGCCGUCUCAUCAUUGCCCAAUGAUGGCCUCCCCAAAUCACUACAAGAGCUAGAUAUCAGAUUCUGCGCCAACCAGGAGCUAAAACAGCAAUGCAAUGGGUUGGUGGGAACCAUCCCAAAAAUCUUACUGGGCCGCUAGUCUAAGACCACUACCUUGUAAAGCUCUGCUUUCCAUAAAAACACAUUUGCCACACACAUGACACAAGGGUCUUGUGGCUGUCAUCUUCCUUCCACUUAUAACUCCGGUGUCCGUUCAAUCUUAUAGGCGUCUUCAAUUUUGCAUUUAAGUUUGGGUUAUUGUCAUUCAUCAAGACAUGGCUUUCUAGGCACUUGUGUUUACUUUCAUCCAGAACCCAUGAGACUGAUGGUGUACCUGGGAAGUACAGUUUACGGAUCAAAGGAUCAUCUUGGCGUAAUUAUGGAAAACAAUGAGUUGUCGGUGUUUUGCUACUGAUAAGGUUUGCAGUUUUUCAGUUCAGUCUACAUUCCACUGACAUAGGACCUUCAGAAGAAUAACUGGCAUUCAGAAGGAUGCAUCUUGAGAAUUCAGAAGGCCUCCAUUUACUGAGUAUUUACAGAGGGAGUAUCAAGUUGCAGGAGAUUUUCCAAGGUGGCCCGUGCUGCACUCGUACUCGAUGGCUCCAGCAAUGUGUGCACCUAAAACACUGCAGAACAAUCAUUCAUGCAAGAAUUGGCUGGCGAGGAGAGGAGGGUGAUGAAUUGACUUGCAACAAGUCCAUGGAGUAGUUAUGCAUGUCUAUAGAAACGUAAUAUGCUUGCUGGAGCCAUGCCAAGGAAGAAGAAGGAGAGUGACACAUUGGCUAGUCUAGCAGAAGCGUAGCCUGCAGCUUGGACGUAUGUGAUUGCUUUGCAGGCGUUCGUUCAAUCUUAUAAGCUUCAUCAUAUUUUGCAUUUAACUUUGGGUUAUUGUCAUUCAUCAAGACAUGAUAGUCUACUUCCCUAUUUCUGGUGUGAUGAUCAAAAUAUCACUAUGGAAUAAAUGAGACUUUGGGGUCAAGCUACUGAUAUUAAGGUUUUCUAGUGUUUGUUCGUUUGCUUUCCAAAAGUCAUGAAGAAGUUCAGCUUUAGGGAUUAUCUUAUGGAAAACAGUGAACUGUCAGUGUUUUGCUACUGAUAAGGUUUGCAGUUUUUAAAUCAAGUCUACAUUCUACUGAUACCUAUCAGGUCUACUUGCAACAGAUAAGGAUCUUCGCAGGAAUAGCACUGCACCCCUGGAGACAAUUCAGAUAAUAGGGAGCAGUAGCAGUCUGAAGAACUCAUGAAGACUUGAUGGCAAUCUGGAAAGUUCAGUUUUGAUGUUUAAAAGGUCAUCAUGUUCAGACUUGAUAGUGUUUAGCCUAAAAAAAAGACUUGAUAGUGUUCUGCCACCGACAAGUGCAGGGCGUGUGCAAUUCUGAAAUUUCGUAACUCCAUCAAGUCAUCAAGAUGCAUGAUUACAACUCCAGGACAAUGUCUUUUAAGACUUCAGAAGAUCUCUUCUUUCCAAGGACUAAAUGUCACCAACAGACUGGCAGAGCUGCAUGUCAGACAUGCGCUGUUGGUGUCUACUCUGAGUCUAACCAAAUUCGGCACUGAGAAGGUAAGAAGAAGAUUAUGGCAAGCAAGGACUGCUAUCUGCACACCUACUUGAGGACUCCAGCAAUUGGUGUACACAAAACAGUGCAGAACGUUUGUUCAUGCGAGAAUCGGCUGCCAAGAAGGGUGAUGAAUUAAAUUGGAACAAGUCUGCAGAGUAACCGAAGCCAUGCUAAGGAAGAAGAAGAAGCAGAAACACUACCUAGUCCAGAAGAAGCGUAGCCUGCAGCUUGGUACUCCCUCCGUCCGAAAAUACUUGUCAUCAAAAUGAAUAGAAAGGGAUGUAUCUAAACCUAAAAUACAUCUAGAUACAUCCCCUUUUGUUCAUUUUGAUGACAAGUAUUUCCGGACGGAGGGAGUAUAUCUGAAGCCUGUCAGCCUUGUGAUGUGAAUAAUUAAUAAAGUGGCUGCAUGCAUCGCCCAGAUGCAGAGGCCAGAGGUCUUCCUCCAAGGACCAGCAUGGCAGUAUUGCCAAGUUCAGUGAUCACAUACGGUGUGAUGUAUGGCAGGGAAGCUUUGUCUAUGCGGAAAUGUGGAUGAGACGCUGCGGUGGCUCUGGUUUGCUCUGUUUUUUUUUUGGGAGUAGUAUCUGCUCUGCUCUACUCUGGUGGGACACCUAUCUGGAGAUCCACAAGCUUUACGAGCGCACGAGAUGGCAAAAUCUACACAGCUCAAACAAAUAAUGGUGUGGUUGCUACCUGCUAUGGAGUACCAUUUGUUUGAUACAGCGGCCCGCCUGUGUGCG